AUUCUCGUCUUUCUAUCCACUCUGGUCUCUCCCGACUGCUGGCCUGCCUGACUGCCUGCCUUAUUUACCGAGCCACUUGGUCUGACCUACCCAGACUUUUUUCAUCCAAAAGAAAAACUACUUCACAAUGUCUUACAGGGUGAACACGAUGAGUUACAAGAGCUCUUCUGCUCCAAGGAACUUCAGCAGCAGUUCCUAUGGUGGAUCGGGUAUUUCUGCCAGCAAGAGGUACUCUGCCAGGAGUUCCUAUGGUGCCCCUAGUCAGUUUGUGGGUGGUGGCAUCACCAGGUCCUCUGCCUACAGCGUGAGCUCAGGCAUGGGUGGCUCAGGAGCAAUGGGCAUGGGUUUGGGCUAUGGUGGUAGUUUGGGUGGUGGCCAGACCAUCACUGCUGUGACUGUGAACAAGAGCCUUCUGGCCCCCCUGAACCUGGAGAUUGACCCCAACAUCCAAGUUGUCCGCACCCAGGAGAAGGAGCAGAUCAAGAGCCUCAACAACCGCUUUGCUUCCUUCAUUGACAAGGUCCGCUUCCUGGAGCAGCAGAACAAAAUGUUGGAGACCAAGUGGAGCCUGCUGCAGGGACAGACCACCACCCGCUCCAACAUCGACGCCAUGUUCGAGGCUUACAUCGCCAACCUUCGCAGACAGCUGGACAGCCUGGGCAACGACAAGAUGAAGCUGGAGGCUGACCUGCACAACAUGCAGGGCCUGGUGGAAGACUUCAAGAACAAGUAUGAAGACGAGAUCAACAAGCGCACAGAGUGUGAGAAUGACUUUGUCCUGAUCAAGAAGGAUGUCGAUGAGGCCUACAUGAAUAAGGUUGAGCUGGAGGCUAAGCUGGAGAGUUUGACAGAUGAGAUUAACUUCCUCAGGUCGAUCUAUGAGGAGGAACUGCGUGAGCUCCAGAGCCAGAUCAAGGACACAUCAGUCAUCGUGGAGAUGGACAACAGCCGCAACCUGGACAUGGAUGCCAUUGUUGCAGAGGUUAAGGCACAGUAUGAGGAUAUUGCCAACCGUACCCGUGCUGAGGCAGAGACAUGGUAUAAGACCAAGUAUGAGGAGAUGCAGACAUCCGCCAACAGAUAUGGAGAUGACUUGAGGUCUACAAAGACAGAGAUCGCAGACCUUAACCGCAUGAUCCAGAGACUACAGUCAGAGAUUGACGCCGUCAAGGGACAGCGUGCCAACCUGGAGGCCCAGAUUGCUGAGGCAGAGGAGCGUGGCGAGCUGGCUGUGAAGGACGCCAAGGCCCGCAUCAAGGACCUGGAAGAUGCCCUGCAGAGAGCUAAACAGGACAUGGCCCGCCAGAUUAGAGAAUACCAGGACCUAAUGAACGUCAAGCUGGCUUUGGACAUUGAGAUCGCCACGUACAGAAAACUCCUGGAGGGAGAAGAGGACAGAUUGGCAAACGGCAUCAAGGCUAUCAACAUCUCCCAGCAGAGCACAAGCUACAGUGGAUUCCCCAUGGACAGCAUGAAGAGCAGCUACUCGAGCACCUACUCCAGCGGUUUCAGUGGCGGAUACGGUAGUGGAUACGGUAGUGGAUACGGUGGUGGAUACAGUAGUGGUGGCUUCAGCAGCAGCAGCGGCAGUGCCGGUGGAUACAGCACCCAGACUAAGAAGAAUGUUGUGAUCAAGAUGAUUGAGACCAAGGAUGGCAAAGUGGUGUCUGAGUCCUCUGAAGUCAUUGAGGAUUGAGCGGUCUAGUCUAGAGGUGUAGCUGCCUGUCUGCUAUGAUCUUCUCUGCCUCUAUGGUAGUUAUAUAGUCACAGUUCACCCCCAACCCAAUAAACAAGUCUGAAACAAAAGCUUGCCAGCCACUCUUCAGAGCCUUUACAUGUUCUUAACAAAGUAAUAAAUGAUUGUAACACUACCAAAGAUUUGAAAGGGACCAAAGGAUUUUGUUUUGUAUGUCUGUUUUCUGACAGUUUGUACUAAAAAUAGUUGUUUGUUUAAAAAAGUCCGAUAAAACCUGGGCCUACUUCAGCUAGGAAUAAAACACAGAUGUGUCACGCUCCCUUGAAAUCUAUGCAACUGCUGUUCCAUGCUUAAAGUGCCUUUGCGGUGCAUCAAAUAGACAGUGGUGUUGUCAGAGGAAUGUGAAUGUACUGACACAGUGCUCCAGUGUUCAUGGUCAAAAAAUGUCGUAAAAUUGCCUGCUACAGUAGGUAGUGCAUGUGUCUCUGUGCGUGCCCUGUAACUGAAACUGUUUGACCCCUUAGGAGGCUGCCCACACCAACCUGUUGUCCUGAGGUGCUGUUUUUGCUACCAAUCCAAAUAAAAAUGUGUUUACUGAAGGUAAAAA